AAAAAAAGAAAUCUAAAAGGCUUUGGCAAAAUCCUUCAUCAAAGCGCGAUUAUCCUUGGCAAACUCGAAGAAUUCUUGGAACGAAAUGAAGCCGUCGCCAUCUUUAUCAAUGGCGUCCAUCAUCCUCUUCGCAUCUUCAGAGCUCACUCCGAUUCCGUUCAAUGCGUCGCCGAGCUCCGUCGCCGAGAUCUGCCCGUCGCCGUUCGCAUCGAAUCGCUUGAAAAUCCUCUCGCACUCGGCUGAGUCUACGCCAUUGUCUGCCAUUUCUUCUGGAGCGUUGAUUUGAUUGGAUUAGGUUUUGGAAUAAUCUCGAUUAGGCCCCAAAUCUCUUCUCCUCCUCUUCCAUUUUCUUCCGCCUUUAAUAAUCCCCCGUUUUCCCUAAAUUAUUGGGAUCGGAACCACUUGUUGUCGUCUCCUUGUUCUUCGCAAUCGUUGCGCCCAACCGAUUCUUGCUCAAGUUAGGGCAUAGCUUUGUAAUUGCCCAAGUGACAUGUUCUUGAUCCCUACAGUUUCUCCCAUCGCAGAGUAAAAUAAGUCGCAAGGAAUUGAGAGAAAGCUCAGAGUUCCAUCUAAGUGAAACCAUAACAAACGAGGCCUUCCUAAAAAGAAGGAAGAACAGAAAGGGAAACUAAUCGGAGAACUCAUAGUGAAAAUUCGUGAUAUCGUUCCGAUCGAAAGCGUUGUUUCUUCUAUCGGCAUCUGAGAAUCAAUGGCGACGAAGACCGAUGGAAUCCAAGAGGAAGAAAUUUCAAAGCUCGAGGAAGGCACUCUCGGAACCUGCGUCGCGCGUCUCCGUCCAUCGUCUUGGGUUGCUAUCAUCCAAAAGGUUAUUGCGGAGGUGAUUGGAACGUACUUCGUGAUCUUCACCGGAUGUGGAGCGGUGGUGGUGAACAAAAUUUACGGAUCAGUGACGUUCCCGGGAAUCUGCGUGGUUUGGGGAUUGAUUGUGAUGGUUAUGGUGUAUUCGUUGGGACACGUCUCUGGAGCGCACUUCAACCCUUCUGUUACCAUCACAUUCGCCAUUUUUCGUCGCUUCCCCUUUUGUCAGGUUCCAAUAUACAUAGGAGCUCAAGUAGCAGGGUCCCUUCUUGCCAGCACCACGCUGGACCUAUUGUUUGAAGUGACCCCGGAAGCCUUCUUUGGGACAGUGCCUGCAGGAUCCGAUGUCCAAUCUUUCGUCCUUGAAAUCAUCAUCACCUUCCUCUUGCUGUUAGUCGUCUCUGGUGUCUCCACUGAUCACAGAGCUGUAGGAGAAUUGGCGGGAAUUGUCGUUGGAAUGACUGUUCUGUUGAAUGUCUUCGUGGCUGGGCCGAUUUCAGGAGCUUCCAUGAAUCCAGCUAGGACCAUUGGACCUGCGAUAGUGAAGGGACAGUUCAAAGGCUUAUGGGUUUACAUGGUUGGGCCGUUGAUCGGAGCUAUUGCCGGAGCAUUUACUUACAACCUGAUGAGAUUCACAGACAAGCCAUUGUCUGAGAUCACCAAAAGCAGCUCAUUCCUCAACCGCUCCCAAAAAUCAUAAUGCCGCCUCUUCACCAUCAUCUUAUCUUUUAACUACAGAAGCCACAAAGCUCGGGAGUCUCGAGCAGCUUCGCCUUUUUUCUCUCGGUAAAGCAACUUCACUCUUGUACGAUGGUCAUUCAUUUGUGUAUUUAGAGUGUGUCAACCGAUCAAUUCAUCAUUCAUUCAUUUAGAAAAUUCGUUUUAGCGAAAGCGUUAUUUAUUUGAUCAAAUAAUGCCUUUUUUUUUUUCCUUUAGUUGUUGAAAUGGAUUCAUUGUGAGUAGUUUAUCUAA